AAACCCAACUGCUUCUUAGCAUUGAGGAGCUUGCAAGAAACCUGGAUAAUGGAGUUGCAUUAGAUCUACAAAUAUUUGAUUUUAGCAAGGCCUUUGACAAGGUCCCUCAUCAGAGACUGUUAUACAAACUGCAUCAUUAUGGAAUUCAAGAACCUACGCUGACAUGGAUCAAUUCUUGGCUUACAUCAAGGUCUCAACGUGUCAUUAUAGACGGAGAAGCUUCUACCUCUGUCAACGUCACCUCAGGAGUACCACAGGGGACGGUGUUGGGCCCACUGAUGUUUCUUCUAUUCAUAAAUGACAUCCAUGUGAAUCUGAAUAGCACACUUAGGCUCUUUGCAGAUGAUGCUUUGCUGUAUCGACCAAUUCACUCACCUGAUGACUGUCUGAUUUUGCAGAAAGAUAUAGAUAAACUUGUUUCCUGGUUAAAGCAUUUGGCAAAUGGAAUUUAAUGUCACUAAAUGUCAUACAAUGAGGAUUUCAAGGAAGAGGGACUUAUUGGAACAUGAUUAUUAUAUUGAUGGAAAGAAGUUUCACAGGUAAAAAAUCAUCCCUACCUUGGAGUGACAUUGUCAGACGACCUUCGCUGGAACUCACAUGUCAACGAUAUUGUGAAUAAGGCAAAUAAAUCACUUGGAUUUGUCAAACGUAACUUAUAUCCUUGUUCUCAAGAUACCAAACAUAUGGCAUAUACCACUCUUGUUCGGCCGAAACUGGAAUAUGCUGCAUCGGUGUGGGAUCCAUACAGACAAGAUCAAAUUGAUGCCAUUGAAGCAGUCCAGAGGCGUGCAGCAAGAUUUAUAAAGAGGGAUUAUAGUAGAUACUCUAGUGUAACAGAAAAGCUUGAUUCUUUAAAUUUAGCCCCUCUGGUAUGGGCAAUGCAAUGUUGUUAUGAAUUGCUUGAUAAAAUAUACUCAACCUAUGAGUUCUACGUCUGUCCUGGUUGAGUAUAUUUUAUCAAGCAAUUCGUAACAACAUUGCAUUGCCCAUACCAGAUUACUUUUUACCAAAGCUACGUCCUACUAGAGCUUUUUCUGGCCAUGCCUUUAUUCAGCCUAGCUGCAAACAUGACUGUUAUCUCCAUAGCUUUUUCCCUAGAACUAUUAGAGACUGGAACUCUUUGCCUAGCUAUAUUCAGAAUACCCCAUCUAUUUUAUCUUUUAAAAAUCAAUGUACCGCAUCCAAUAGAAAUAAAUGAUUUAAUUUUUUUUAUACCAACUCGAUGUGGAAACGUUGUUGGCCAAUAAAGUAGACGUUAUCAGGGAUAUUUUCAAGAUUACCCGCAGUUUAUGUGGCUUAAGUGCGAAUAAAACCGCACUCGUAUCAGCAGAACAACGCUUCCCCAAUGGCGGCCGAUCAAUGAAAAAGAACCUGGCGUUAUUUAACUCUUUUCAAGAGUUAUAUUCCCCUCGGGGAGCUAUGAUUCCUUUACUUGGGAGCUAAUAAAUUCCUUAGGGAGUGCAAAAAAACUAUUCCCUUCUGGGAGCUAAAACUGAACUCACCACAGAGAUAGACUGUCAACCCAGAUAUGUUAUGGCACAAGGUAUGUGCAAGCAACGAAAACAUUUUUUCCUCGAAGCAAUAAGUGCGUCCAAGAAGGCUGUGCCUGGUUCUAGAGAGCUUGAAACCACAUGUACGACUAGUGCUGUAAAUAGUAAUAAAGUUAUUGAUAUUACAGACAAAGUUAUCAAUAAAGAACAAAACAAACAAACAAUUUUUUACAAAGGAAAACAGCUAAUGAAAGCUGAAGCCGUAAUUGCUGAUCACACAAACACAAUAAAGUUAACCCUAUGGGAAGACCUUAUUGAUGCAGUAAAAUGUGGAAAGUCAUAUCGCUUAAAGAAUGUUAAAAUUCGAUCUUUCAAUGAUGUCAAGUUCCUGGGCACAAAUGAAGGAACCACCAUUGAGCUACAAAGUGACAUCCAAGAUAUUAGCAUGCAUACUGAGGACAUAAACUUUAACCUCAACAUCACUGAGGGUAAAUGUUUGGGUGUAACACUCACUAGAGAGCCAUCAUGCAUAGCAUGCAACAGUUCUUUCAAAGAACAAGUAUCAGAUGGCAUUAUUAAAUGCCUAAACUGCCAUAUCUCCUUACUACAGGAAAGUUGUAACACAAAGCUUGUUGGCCAUUUGGUUAUUAGAUUACCAAACGGGAAAUUCCAGAACUACGCAUGCUUUAAUGACGCAUUGCAGAGCUUCUUGGCUUCAAUAGGGAAUAAGACUGACAUCAAUACCAUUGACCUUGGCACUUUGGAGAGUCUUCUACUAAACACCAAGUCAGUACAGAUGAUUAUCGAUGAUGCAACAAAAACCCAAUUUCUGUUAUAAUAUGUUAAAUUUCAAAACCGUUUGUCAUAAUAUUUCAACAGUUGCUGUUGUUACAAGUUAGCUAAAUUUAAAUAGGAACAACCAUUCAGCUGCAAAGUGACAUCCAAGAUAUUAGCAUGGAUACUUAGGAAAUAAGCAUCAACAUCACUGCAUCGGGUAAAACCAAGUCUCAACAGAUGAUUAUCCAUGAUUCAACAAAAACUAUCAACCAAUUCCUGUUACAAUAAUAUGCUAGACCGUUUGUCAUAUUUAAAGAGUUGCAGUUGUUUCAAGUUAGUUACAGUUAUUACAAGUUCAAGCAUUUCCAAGUGAAGCCGGGCCAAGUAAAUGAGGUGUACAUUGGAACUUCUGUUUAUCUAGGCAAGCAUUACAGUUCGAGCCAAUCAAUUACGUCCGUGUUAUGCUUUUAUUUAGUUGCUGCUUUACAUUCUGUUGUUAAUAAAUAUUUUUUUAUCUUCUCGUUAUUUUAUAAAAGUCAAUAAUCAUACAACCACUACUUGAAAAUAACUACUCAGUAUUAAUUUCACUACCCUGGGGAUCUGGGGACCAGAGGUUGAAACUCCACUCCCCCGGUGUGGUAUAUUUUGUUAUACCACAACGCGCGCGUUUCUCGAAUUCUGAUUGGCUGGAAGAUGUAGGUAGAUGAAUGUACUACAGAUAAGAUGGCGUCAUCAGCGCGCACUUUGGUAGAAGUGUUGUUGUUUUUCUCAACGCGCCCCCCAAAAAAGGAAACCAAUAAAGGUUUUUGUUGUGGUAUAAAACAAAUAUUCUCUGGCUUUCUGUGGUAUGUCCUCUUAUAUACCAAAAAAUACGUCAUGAAGCAGUCAGGAUUUACUGCAGACAAACUCGGCGACUCUACCAGGAGAGUCGCGUCAGCCUCUGGAGGCGCGCGAUACUCGAUUGUCUUUAGGUUCGGAUUUUGAACUCGGGCUCUGGUUGGCUAAUGACAUAAACAAACCAUCUAAUUGGUUGAUUAGACCCACGUGGUGCAAAAACCGGUUCGACCAGAUGGGGUAUAAAUAUGAGCGAUCGACUAUACUCUCAAACACACACGACAUGACUCGCGGCUGGAUUUGCUGAAUCUCUCACGAAUUCAGGGAUAAAUUAAAUAUAAAGAAUCUGCAAAAGGGCUUUCUCUUGCUUCUCUAUUUCUCUUUUGCAUGUCAAGCAAAUUACCUCAGAAAUUUUCGCACCGUUCUUUCCAACGGUGCGUUUACUAAUCUAAUCUGAUAAGCGCUCGGCGAGUUUACUUGACCAGUAAUUAAAUGAAUUGUACUUUCCUCGCCCAAGAAUAGCUGGAUUGUAUCUGUAGAAUCUGCAAAUAUCUAACGAUCUGUCGUCUACACUGUAAAAUUCAUCAUUAUAAAACUAGACUAUAAAGCAUGGCGCGAACAGUAGAAAAAUGUAAACUGGUAAAUAAGAUGUCUUGGAUGUGUAACUUGAAACUUUGACAUGACAGCUCUUUGACAGCCUUCAGUGGCCAGUAACCACGUGAUUCAAAACCAGUAUUACUAAUUGGAUUAGUGUGAACCGAGAAUGUUACCGGGCGCCCCCAGCGGGCGUGCAAGGAGGGUUAACCUUGCCUCAGGUCCAAACAAAGGGAAAUGUGGGACAAUGAAAUGGAGAAUUCACAGUUAGGACGAGUAAUAUACCCAUGUCAUGUCAACUAUGGCUGUAUGCAGUUUAGCCUCCUAAUAGCAGUCAUGUUCAGCUUCCUGUGUCAUUCAGUUCUACAUUGUGAUUUUAAUAAAAGAGAAGCGGCAUGUA